GAGGAAGAGGAGGAGGAAGAGGAGGAGGGGGCCAAGAAGGAAGAAGAAGAAGAUGAAGAAGAAGAAUACGAGGAGGAGGAAGAGAAAGAGGACCAGCAGAGAGAAGAAGAGGCCGGCCAGGCUGAGACAAGCGAAGAGUUUAUUAGGCCUUUUCUUUCCAUGACAGACGACUUGAUGCAUUCUGAAGACCUCGAAAUGAGGGCAGAUAGCAUCAUGUCGGUCCUUGAGAAACUGCGAAAAGAGCAUCCUCUGAAGAUGGACUUUGCCCGAUACGAUGCUGGCGAGGGGAGCAGACAAGAGAGGUCGGACAAAUUGAGCCCAAAAUGCGACGAAAAUGAGGAUGCAGAGGAAAGCUUUGGUGUGAUGGGAGACAAAGCUGAUGAAUUUUAUGUUGGCAAUACAAACUCAGAAGAGACAGUGGCUUAUGCUGGGGAGCCUGCGAACGACACCGAAGCGCCGAUAAUCCACGAAGAGAAGGUGGGGCUGAGCAAACAUUGGGAGGAGAAUACCUUCAGAACCAGUAUGCCCGGACGGCUGGGAAAUGCAAAUUUUCAGGUAGGUAAGCUUGAAUUUUGCAAAAAAAUAGGCUGA